AACUUUCUUCUUCAGUUGACACCAGGGUAGGCUCUUUCUCCCAUUUCCCCUAGAUGUUCUUUUGCAGCAUCUAUAUAUCAUUGAAUCAAUCCAAAGUCCAAACACAUAAAACCAAUUAAAUAUCAUUACCAUUUACCACCAAUAGUUAUCAAUGUCACCCACUACCGAACCUUUUCAAGUUGAGACAACGCAGCACCUACUAGUUAGCAUCGAAGAUGAUAACGAAAGUGGGAAUAAUACUGUGAAUGGUGAAAAGAAAAUCGAAAUUAAGAAUUUGAGGAAAGUAUCAGAUAAGGGAGUGAGCAUACUAGAUGGGGUGGACCUGCAGAUUUCAAGGGGCAUGAUUGUAGGGAUCAUAGGGCCUAGUGGUAGUGGGAAGUCAACGCUGCUAAGAGCGUUGAAUCGGUUAUGGGAACCACCUGCCGGAACGGUGUUUUUGGAUGGCCGUGAUAUUUGUCAUCUUGAUGUGCUCUCCGUUCGUCGUCGUGUUGGUAUGCUCUUCCAACUCCCUGCGCUUUUUCAAGGAACUGUGGGAGAUAAUAUACGUUAUGGUCCAAAAUUAAAGGGACAGAAGCUAAGUGAUCAGGAAGUUGAAAGAUUGUUAAGUGCUGCUGAUCUUGAUGCCUCUUUCAUCAACCAGAAUGCGAACCAACUAUCUGUCGGACAACAGCAACGAGUUGCACUCGCAAGGACCCUUGCCAAUGAACCCGAGGUUUUGCUGCUAGAUGAACCUACAAGCGCGUUAGAUCCAAUAUCGACUCAAAACAUAGAGGAAGCACUUGUCAAGUUGAACACGACACAGGGGAUCACAGUGAUCAUGGUUUCCCAUAGCAUAAGGCAAGUGCAAAGAAUAGCUGAUAUUGUUUGCCUCUUGGUAAAUGGCACCGUCGUUGAAGUUUUGCCACCUAAUCAACUUUCCCACGCUAAGCAUCCCAUGGCUAAAAGAUUUCUCGAGCUCAGUUCCUGAUACUACCUUCAGUUUUACCAAUUAAGCCGAAAAUCCACUUCUUCCUCAUCUGAAUAUCAACAAGGUUUGUACCAAACAUAUAUAGAAUUGAAGGAAGUUUGUCUGAUAUAGAUGUAAAAGACCUACUUCAUGUAAUUGUUACAUGCUAGUACCCAAUAACAGGUUAGUCUGUGUGUACACUUUGGAUAAUAUCGAAUAUAUGCAUCUAACUGAAUGAAA